CCGGAACGAAAAUUCGGGAAAUUAAAUCAAAACUCAAGCAUUUAAUCGCUCUUCCGGUCCACAAAGAGGAAAUCAGGAUGAACGGUUUGUUUCAAAACUAUUGUGACCCGGAAAACCCGUCGUGGGCGCCGGGCUGGACGGUCCGCCCAGAUGGCCAGUAUCAAUUCAACAACAACAACUGCAGCAUGUCGUAUGACAGAGAACCAUCACCAAGAGCCUCAAGUUCCAAGGGCAGGGCUCGCUUGAGGCUGCAGCAUAUGUACCACACCGCUCCAAUCCCUCAGCAUCAGCAGCACUUCCAAGACGAUGGAUUCUAUGGCGGCGAGCAACCCUUCCAGCCGCAGCCGCAGAAGAAAAAGCGGAAAUUUCGCUAUCAACCACCAGCAGGGCGGCAACAAAUUGCUCCGCCACCGCAAAGAGGCCUCACAAGAAGAGCCAAGCCAAUGAACCAGUUUGAGCAGAACAAACAACAAAACAAGUGGAACCCUCCUCGCUCCGUCUUUGACCGUCUGGAUGUGCCGCCGCCGCAGCCGCUCAUGAUGAACAUGAAUUACGCGCCUGACUGGCACGCGCCGCCUUUGUGGAGCCCUUUCCACCAAGACGACUACCACUUUCCUGAUCAGCAUGCGGGUGGCUCGUGGCACGGUGAGCAGGCAGCCAGAUGGCAGGAUCGUCCGACCGUGACAACGAGGUACUACCGGCGGACGGCCAAGGGAGACCCGCCGCUUCGGCCAGGCUUGCGCGCCUUCUGCACCUACGAGACGGACCGGCAGCGCAGCAGCAAGAAGCUGCAGGCCAAGGGCCACAAGCUGCAGUUCGUGUACAAAAUCAAGGCGUGUCUGUGGCACAAGACCAAGAUGGGUCUGCACAAGAAGAAGACGCGCAUCGGCAGCAUCGCCUACAGGCAGCGCCUCUACCGGCAGGUCUUCAACAACAACAUGUUCUGCAGGAAGUCGCACUGCCAGUACUUCACCAGGAAUGCUGAAAAGCCCGACGUUUCUCUCGAGGCCUACGACACACCUGACUUGGAGGAAUGCCGCACGGAUGAGUACGUGUCGCUGGUGGCUUUGUGCACGCCGACUUCCUGGCAGGAGCCGAGGCACGCUUACUUUCGCCACUUGGAGUAUCAACUCUUCGUGCUCGACCCAGCUGGACUCGAGCUUGCAAGCCUGCAGCACCAGAUGAAUGAUUCCAAUUUCAGGAUUUUAAGUGCUGCCCGUCUGCAAAACCUGUACCUUUUUGGUGCGUACCUGAGCCAGAAGGAGCAGAUGCAGGCCGGCUCGAUGCUGCUGGCCGAGGUGGUCAGGUUCUUCUGCGUGAAGAGUGAUCAUCUGAAGCUUCUGUGCAAGCAUGGCUUCGACUCGAGGCACCUGACGGACGACCUGGACGCCUACCCAACCCCGAAGGAGGCGCACGCCCACCGGCCAGAGACCGAGGAAGACGUCUACAUGGUGGCCGCCAGGGUGAUCGUGCUGCCGGUCGAGCUGGACAGGAGCGAGAAUGACGUCUACCCUGAGUACAUCCUGAACUACAACUAUCUCAACCCUCCCAAGCAAUGAUUUCAUUUUUGCUUGACUUUUUCUUUUUCUUUAGUUUUUCUCUGGAGCAGAGAUGAAUUUCCAAAAUAUAUUUGGAGUGGGGGGAGUGUAACGAGGCUGUAAACUUACACUCAAUUGAGUUAUUUCAUGUUUACGUUUAUGAUUUGCCAUAAAUAAAGACGCAAGCGUCUGCUGCGAAA